GCCAGGCCCUGAGAUGGAAGCCAGGCUGCCCAGCAUCACCUGUGGCCUCUUCCUGGCGCUCCUGCUGCAGGCAGAGUCUACAGCGGUGGAGCUGGUCCCAGAGAAGAUCACAGGAUUCUGGAAGGAAGUGGCUGUGGCUUCUGACCAAAACCUGAUGCUGAAGGCUCAAAAGAGGGUAGAGGGUUUGUUCCUCACAGUCAGUGGGAGGAGCCUCACUGUAAAGGCUGUGUACAACAGCUCAGGAAGCUGUGUGACAGAGACAUCAGUGGGGUCACAAAGAGACUCUGUAGGGGAAUUCACUUUUCCUGGCCACAGAGAGAUCUGCGUGCUGGACACGGACUAUGAGCAUUACGCCAUCCUGAAGUUGUCCCUGCUCUGGCAGGGCAGGACCUUCCAGGUCCUCAAGUACUUCACUCGGAGCCUUGAGAAUGAGGAUGAGCCAGCCUUCUGGAGGUUCCGGGAAAUGACAGCAGAGCAAGGCCUCUACAUGCCGGCCCGGCAUGGUGAGCGCAGCCCCUGGGGGAGGAUGCUGGACCAGACCCCGGGGAUGGGGGCUGCAGCCCUCCUGACUGUGCCAACGCUGUCCCAUCCUGCAGGGAGGUGCGCUGAGCUCUUGAAGGAGGUGAGCCCCUGCUACCCUUGCCUACAUCGCAGCCUGGCCCUCAUGAAGCCCUGCUGGUGCAGCUAG